AGCUGGUGACCGUAUCGACGCAAGUUGCGCUAGUUGGGCAGGAUAUGAAUGACGUACGUAGAGCGAUAAAGGAUUAUAAAGCGCGCAGAUGAAUUGUAUCUGUUAAGAGUGAGAGUCGCUCAACAUGAGGCUACGAUGGCAAAUAAUUCUUCUCGUCGCGUGCUUGUUGCUGGUGACAAUUGAUGCUGGUCGCGGCUCAAGCUCAAGCUCAAGCUCAAAAUCAAAAUCACAAUCUAGCAGCGGAGGUGCUGGUAAAACGUCACGCUUGCCCGCGCAAAACACGGCCAAAAGCAAAAGCGUGAAGUCGGCGGUCAAAGAUUUAGUUUCCAAGAUCAAGGGUGGCAGCAAAAGUAAGAUAAAUGGCAAUAACAAGCAAAUCAACUCUGCACCAAGCAGCUUGGACCCUGCCAACCUGAACCAGCCCACCGUUGUAAGGCAGAAUCAGGGCCAGCUCAAUGCCCAAAGCCGACCUCCGAACCCUAGCAACCUUCAGAGUCCUCAGAGCAACCCUGGCGCCCAGCAAGUUAAUCAGCAGUACCAGGCCCCCGUCCAGUCAGGCUACCCUGCUCAGAGUUGGCAGAACCCCAAGCCAGGGCAAUUGCCUCAUCAGGGCCAAAUGGGGCCACCGCCGCAAGGAGGGUGGGUCUAUCCUGGCAAUCCGCAACCUAAUUCUUAUCCACAGCCACCGCCAGGUGUCGGACAACAAGCGCCGAGCGGCAGCAAGAGUGGAGGCCUGUUUGAUCAGCAGCACCAGGUUCCUCCCCAGUCAGGCUACCCUGCGCAGGGUUGGCAGAACCCCGUGCCAGGGCAAAUACCUCAGCAGGGCCAAAUGGGGCCACCGCAAGGAGUGUGGCCACCAAAUUCUUACCUCCCGCCACCGCCGCCGGGUUUUGUACAACAGCCGAGCGGCAGCAAGAGUGUAGGCCUGUUUGAUCAGCAGCACCAGGUUCCCCCCCAGUCAGGCUACCCUACGCAGGGUGGGCAAAUACCUCAGCAGGGUCAAAUGGGGCCACCGCAAGGAGCGUGGCCACCAAAUUCUUAUCCGCAGCCACCACCACCAGGUUUUGGACAACAGAGUCCUCAGAGCUACCCUGGCGCCCAGCAAGUUAAUCAGCAGUACCAGGCCCCCCGCCAGGACGGCUACCCUGCUCAGGGUUGGCAGAACCCCGUGCCAGGGCAAAUGCCUCAGCAGGGCCAAAUGGGACAACCGCAAGGAGGAUCCUAUCCUGGCUAUCCGCAACCAAAUUCUUACCCACAGCCACCACCGGGUGUCGGACAACAGCAGCACCUCGUUCCCCCCCAGUCAAGCUACCCUGGCUACCCUGUUCAGGGUGGGCAGUACCCCAUGCCAGGGCAAAUACCUCAGCAGGGCCAAAUGGGGCAACCGCAAGGAGGGUGGCCACCAAAUUCUUACCUGCCACCACCGCCGCCGGGUUAUGUACAACAGCCGAGCGGCAGCAAGAGUGGAGGCCUGUUUGGACCAAUUGUGCCUGUUCUUGACAUCGUCUCGGGAGCGAGACUGGCCGGUGACGUUGGAAAAGCAUUGAUGAUAGGAAAACCUAGAACACGUUUCGAUCUAAAAGUUUCCAGGACACCUGCAACAAACGAAACGAUCCUUGAUAGCAAUGCGACCGUUUCCAACUCAUCAGAACAAUUAUUCAACGACUCAUUUCCUCUAAUCAAUGGAAAUAUGUCUGGGUACCAAUCUGCAGCUCAACUCUUGCCACCUCCUGGAAUGAUUAACCCGUUAUAUCCUAUUGAAAAUGAGAAUAUGACGUCCCCUGACGGCAUGCCCUACCAGUAUGCAAUGCAGUACCCUUACAUAAAUCCAUUCUUUCGCAACAACUCAAACGAAUCAAACGACACCAUGCCUAUGCCUUUCAAUCCGUUUUAUCCAGAAGCCCCUAGUGGAAAUAUGUCUGGGUACCAAUCUGCAGAUCAUCUCCUGCCACCUCCUGGAAUGCUAAAUCCGUUAUAUCCGAUAGAAAAUGAGAACAUGACGUCUCCUGACGGCAUGCCCUAUCCGUAUGCAAUGCAGUACCCUUACAUAAAUCCAUUCCUUCGCAACAACACCAAUGUGCAAAACGAUAGCGUUACGUCAAUCCCAACGGCUGAUUUCGCAGGAAAUUUGACAAAUUUGUCUGAUAUGAAACUGGAUGAUCUUGCGGGAAUGAAGAAUAAGUAAAAUAACAGCUCAGUGGAGAUUGCUGAUGGAGAAACUCCCAAAACAGGCGUCGUUUACAAAUCUGAUUAGUCAGAAGUACGACAAAUGCCCAUAUUUUGGUUUGUAAUAUGGUUGUAAUAAAUUUGAGUGGGUAAUAAAAGGAACGUCUACCAAAAAUACAAUUU